UUGCAGGUAAACACACCAAUUGUUCAACUUCACACAUAUAUUCGAAUUAAAAUAUCGAUUUUAGUUAUCACAGUGAAAUCUGCAGUCAAAUGUUGUGCAAGAAAUGCGGAGAGAGAGACUGCCAUUAGUAGUCACCUGAUAUUCAACAACUAUUCAAAAUGUUAUUUAAGAAGUAUUUGUUACGUCUACUACCGUCUACAAAUUGGUCAAAUUUACUAGCCAGCCAGAUUGGUAAGCCUACUUGUCUGGCGUAUAUACAUCAACAACGCGUCGGCAAUAUUCAACCAUCGAAACUCCACAAUGUUGAUUCGUGUAUUGAAGCAAUUCGAAAUGUUGGUUUAAUCGCGCAUAUUGAUGCUGGAAAAACAACGACUACAGAACGCAUGUUAUACUAUGCCCGACGUACACACUAUUUAGGUGAAGUCGAUGAUGGAGACACUGUGACUGAUUACCUACCAGAAGAGCGUGAACGCGGGAUUAGCAUUGUAACUGCAGCGGCUUCUUUAGCAUGGAGAAAUCAUACAAUCCAUCUGUUGGAUACGCCGGGUCAUGUGGAUUUCACUUUUGAAGUGGAACGUAGUUUAACUGUUCUAGACAGUGUUGUUAUUAUCCUGGAUGCAGUGAAAGGUGUACAAACUCAAACGCAUACAGUUUGCCGUCAAGCUCAUCGUUACAACCUUCCAUGUGUAGUUUAUAUCAAUAAAAUGGAUCGCCCACUGGCCAAUGUGGAUAUGUGUUUACGCAGUCUAUCGAAUCAAUUGCCUACAAAAGCUCACUAUCUACCGCUUCAUUAUCCAGUUUUCUUACACAAUUUUGAUAAAAUCAAUACGCCUUCGGUGAAUAAUACCUCCAAUUCUCGUGGGAUCGAUGUGAAAGGGAGUACUAAACAACGAUUUGUUGGACUUGUGGAUUUAACCACAAUGGAAUUAAAGAACUGGAUUUCAUGCAAUACUCCAGACGAUGAAUACAUCUCAGCUAAUUUACUUGAAGGUAUAAAUACAACUAGCAGCUGUCAUUCCUUGCAUAAGCCCAAUUCAUCUAAUUCCCCUAUUGAAUAUAAACUAGCCAGUGAUGUUAUCCAGCAAGCUUUGGCUGCACGUAUGCGAUUAUUGUCUGAAUUAGCUGAAGUUGAUGAAGAAUUUGCCAAUGAAUUUUUACAGCUUGAUCGACCAGAUUUAUUAAUCCCUUCAGAUAUUGUUCAUAGGAGUUUGAAGAAGGCGGUUCGUUCCUAUCGUAUUAUACCUGUUCUAAUUGGAAGUAGUCGAAGCAAUAUCGGCAUUCAACCUCUGUUGGACUUCAUUGUUGACCAUUUUCCAGAUCCUAGCCGGUGCAAUUUACCAGCAUCUGUUCUGAAAGUUUAUGAAGCAUGUAAAUCCAAUCUGCCAAAUUGCAAUGAACUCAUUAACGCAUCACAUAGCUUAGACAAUCAUUUGAAUAUUCUGUCGUCGAAAUUCCCCCUGAUGCUUGUAUUCAAGAUCUGCUUUGAUCCUCAUCGUGGUCCACUUACUCUGGUACGUGUCUAUUCGGGAUCGAUUACGCCUGGUUGUCAAAUAACCAACUGGAGCCGAUAUAAAAGUGGAUAUGUAUCAUCUGAGAAAAUAUUGAAUAUAUUCCAACUAAGUGGAGAUUCUGUAGAAGCGGUCAACAGUGCUGGACCUGGUAGCAUUGUAGCGUUGAGUGGACUUCAAUCAACCUAUACAGGUGACAUUCUCGGUCCUGUAUUGUUGCAGAUAUCGAAUAAGGCCAAACAAAUGGUGGAGAUCCAUAAGCCUACGGAUGAUGAUGAUGAUGAUGGAGAAGUGAACCACGCCAGUGGAAUUGAAUCGCCGCUGUCAUUACUUGAAAUAUGCGAACCUGUUGUGUAUGCAGCUAUAGAACCUGGUAGUCGAUCGGAAAUACGCGCCCUUGAACAUGCUCUCACUUGUAUGCAACGUGAAGAUCCCAGCUUUCAUGUGAAAUUCUCUGAAGAAACUGGCCAGUGGACAAUUUCUGGUAUGGGUGAUCUACACUUAGAUGUCAUUCUUGCCAGAUUGAAACGUGAAUAUAAAGUCAGUGUUCGAAUGGGUCCUCUUCUGAUCGCUUACAAAGAGUGUCCAUCAACUGGUGAUGCUACUACUACUACUACUACGAAUUCCUCUGGUUGGAAUUGUACAGUUGGACUUAUAAAUGGUAGUGAAAAAGCUGUUGGAGUUGAGAUAAUACUUCAACCGAAGCCUCUGCAUCCACUACAUAAGCCUCAGAUAAUCUUCGACCAUCAUGGUGACAGCAAAAUUGUCCGUUUACGACACGCUAUCACGGAAGCAUGUUUAUCAGCCUUAGAGGUUAGCGGACCGAUUCUUCGCUCCCCUGUUAUUGGAGUAGACGUUCACAUUCAUCGGAUUGUAUGCGGUCGUACAGAACAGGUAUCAUCAGAUGGUUUAAAGCACAUUGAUGAUAAUCUCAGUGAUCUCAGUCUAGAUAAGCUGUCCUAUGCACAACUUUCUUCAGCGUCUUUAUUGGCCUUAUUGAAGACAUGCUGUAUUGCUAGUCUGAGAGACGCUGUUGCCAAGAUACCGAAUUGGAGUCUUAUGGAGCCAAUGAUGGAUGUGGAACUUAAACUGCCUGCUGAAAGAGGUUAUGAGUCUGAAUUGUCAACGUUUCUCGGUGAUCUCACGAAUAGACGAGCAGAAAUAAAGUCAGUGGACAGUGCAAACUUCAAUGCGGAUAAUGAAGAUGAUGGUGGAGUGGCAAGAUUCCACUGUAUCCACGCUGUAGCACCUCUGUCUGAACUGGCUGACUACUCAGCGACUGUAAGACGUCUUUCGUCUGGACGUGCUGAACUCAAUCUUCGACUGGCCAGCUAUCAUCCAGUCAGUGCAGAGUUUCAAGCAAAACUGAUAAAUCAAAACAAAUGGUCUGGUACAAGCAUUUAGUAAUUUAAUUUAAUUUAGUUUUUUUCAAAAGAGAUUAGAUUGCGUCCAGUAUGCGUGUGUACAUGAAUUUGACAUUUUGUAUGAAGUGCAGUUUCUAUGGAAAAUUUCUUUGAAAAGAUAAUAAAACAACA